CCUGUCCUUAACUUCGUCCCUUCGUUCCUGCUGAGCUUGCGCUCGUAUACCACCUGGCAGCCUGAUUCGUACUCUCUCUGUAUCUGUUACCCUAAUUUCCGUCCUCUCAGCGUAAAAAUGAGCGAUACCGACAGCCCUUCUUCUCGGCCGACUACUCCCAGUGCACGCAACACUGGCGUUGCGAAGCCCCCCGGUGCCGCCAUCCGGCGACGUGCGACAGCCACCGUCCAGAAACCCAACUCGACGCGUGCCGCGGGUGCCGGAGGCUCUUCGAAUACUAUGCUGAAACUCUACACCGACGACUCACCAGGCUUGCGAGUGGACCCAUUCAUUGUGCUUGUCCUCUCGCUAUCCUUCAUCGCCUCCAUCUUCUUCCUCCACAUAGCUGCGAAGGUUAUCCGAAGCUUCACCAAAUAAAACGACCCUGAAGGGACCAAGUGUUCUUUCGCCGGUAACUGUCCUUGGACCGGCCAGUGUUUGCGUUACUUGAUGAUGGGGUCGGGCGGCCGGGGUGGGGGAGGACAAUCUAGGACUACCGCGCGCAUAUAUAACCACUUGCAUUCAACGAGUCCGCAAUGUGCAUCUGGUUACUUCGAUGUUCCGAGCCAAGCGGCCUUGUGAGUCCAUCGCCGUGUCUUCACGGUUCAAGAUCGUCUUCGGUGGUUCUCGUGUCGUCAAGCUUGUUUCUCCACCUCGGCUUCCACCGCUCGACCACCGAAGACGACUGUUUUCGACACAGGGAUGCGGCCACUGGAGUGCUUGUUCCGGCGCUGCGGAAACGUCGGUACCCUGUGAAAACCUCGGUCGAGCGCUGCUAUGAUGGCCACACCACUGCGAGAGCACUCUCAGGCUUGCCAUCGGCGGCGUUCCUUUCUUGAAGGAAGCGCGGCUAUCGUGGAGGAUGAGACGCUUUUACGUCAUGGGGUUGUACUUGAAGGCUUGAAGACACGCCGUGUU